CGAGAACCUCUCAUUUUUGGUCUUUCGAUCCGGCGUCCCCGGUAUCUGUGUGACCUCCUCCACUCCCUCUUCGGCUUCCCCGCUUUUAUUCCCCUGCAACUCCUCUUCACUUGUCUCCAGUCCUUGUCCUCCUCUUCUUCCUCCGCCUCCCCAGUCCCCACCCUCCAAAAGGUCGCCACCUCUGUUUCUCAUCGCCAAAAAGCUCAACUUUUUCCGAUAUUUUUUUCCUCAGUCGUUUCUCCUCCUACUACCAUCAGGUGACACUGUGUUUGAUGUCUUUUGUUUCUUGACUUGGGUGUAUAAUCUUUCUCCGCUCUGAUCAAGCUUUAUCUCAGACAUAAAUAAGCAAGUAGUGUUUUGCCUGUGAUAAGCAAAAUUAGUCAAGACGGGUGCUCUUUGCUGCGUGGCCGCUAGGCCACAUGGGACAAAGUCGAAUCCUGCUAGCAGAGACUGUUCCAUGGAUCCUACUGAGCCUCGCUGGCGGAUAAACUCGAGCUUCUCUCCUCCGACAUCAAGGAGAUGGGACUGCCGGUAUUCAUCAGAUGGAUUACCUCGUAGGGUUCAUGAUGUUCCACAUGAUCACCCACCUUACGUUUCAUCACUGUCAUCUCAUAGUAAAGGAAGCAUAAGUGCAUUUGGUAGCGAUCAGUACCUCAAUCACCAUCAUUCUGUAUCUGAUGGAGCACUCUCUUAUUUUGGGAGUCCAGCUGACAGCCUUCAGGCUCCUCGCUGGACAUCCUCUCUUCAAAGAUUUGAUCUUGGAGAAUUCUCUACACCUGCAGGAGGAUCAAGACCAGAAACUUCUCAUUAUCCUCAAUCAAGUGAGAGGCAUUUGACUGUCGUGGGUAGUUUCAGUUCUGCAUCCCCAUUCUCGGAAUCAGGUCAGCUAGCAUCGUCUAGUAAACAACCAGCCCCAUAUCUACCUCGUAAUCAUAUGGGUAGGCGAUCAUUCAUGUCAAAACCGGUCUACCCGCUUGUCUUCCGGAAUCCAGUGUCAGAAGCAGAAGCCUCCAGAGUGCCCGAGGUUAGCAAUGCUGGGCGAACAACACCAAGUGAUGACAGCCAAGCUUCUCCUCUGUGGCGUCGCAGCUUGGCGAGUCCGGAGCUCAAGUUCCAUAAUGCAUUGAGUGAGCUUGGGAAGAUGGAGGCUUCGCCUGGACCGAAUACAAGCUCAAGAAGGGAAGGUUUUAGAUGGAGCAAUGCUAGCAGCUAUGAUUUUGGAUACGAUGGGGAUGCCAUUGACAUAUCGGAUCUUAUCAGUAUUGAGUCCCAAAGAUCCCCCACAAGUUCAGUGAGAUUUCUCAAGUGUGGGUUAUGCGAGAGAUUCCUGCGGCAGAAAUCACCUUGGACCUCUAAUAGGAUUGUUCGAAAUACCGACAUGCCAGUAGCAGCAGUCCUCCCGUGCCGGCAUGUCUUCCAUGCGGACUGCUUGGAGGAAAGCACUCCCAAAAUUCAAGCCCAUGAACCAUCUUGCCCCCUGUGCGCGCGAGCUGCUGACGACGAAGGAUGCAUAUCGUUCUCAGAACCUCUGCAUGUUGCCCUCAGAUCCGCCUGCAGGAAUCUUUCGUUAGGCGGUGGUGCAGGCGGAAGUAGCAGCAGCGCAAACCCUUCCUGCAACGAUCAUGGCUUGAAGAGGAAUCAUUCUGCUCUCGUGCCAAGCCGAAGCAGUGGGUCACUGUUCCGGAACCGUUUCAAGAAACAGUUCCCCUUCAAGAGGAUGAUUGGGAAGGAUCUCUUUGGUGGCAGAGUUUUCAAUAAGGUUGGAUCAUCUUCGUCUUCAGGUCAGAAGGACAAUGGUCAACAGUCAGCAGCGAAGUCUGAUCGAUCCAUGAAGUAGCUAGAACUUCGUGGCACAGAGGAUAUGAUGUGUGCCCUACAUUCUGUCAUUUUGUAUCCCUUUUGUAACGUAUCAUAGCAGCAUGUAAAACUCAGCAUCCAUGCGCAGUAGUCGUCCUAGACGGGAGUUUGGUUUGACGGUGCUUGCUUUGCAUGUGACACACGCAUUAGGCUAACUAUGGGUCUGUUAUGAAUCCUUACAUUAAGAAUCGAUGGCUAUGUUUAAUAUGCUUAUGCCUU